AUGGCUUCGAUAGAUACAUCUAAUGCCUCUGUGGCACUAGCAGGUAGCAAAAAUGCUAGCCAGCAAUCAGCAGCGGCAACAGCUUUCGGGUUCAAACCUUCCAUUGAGGAGGUUCUCUCAGAUUUACCAGAAUCAUCUGGCAGCUCCAGCUCCAGCUCGCUUCCCCUGCGAAACUCAGAGACCCUCGCACAAGACGAACAGGAGAAGAUGUUCAGCGCCUUGAAGAAUGUGCUCGACAAUUUCGAGCCUUCAGAUGACUCGGAAGCACCCGAAAGCUUUGAUUUGAAGGAGCUUCAAUCGUCCCUGGAACAGGCGGAUUCGGAUGCUCGCCGUGGUGAGCGAAAUGCCGGGCCGUUGCAGAAUGUGCAUACCAUCCUUUGCAAGCUGUGGUCCGUCAACUCGGGGCUUCUGAGCCAAGCCGCUGAAGCUCUUGCAAAUGGGAGCCGUGACCCUUCCUGGCGACUCCCGAUUGGACAGUCUGGGAUUUUGAAAUUCUUCCUGGAUGUCAUUGCCUCUAAGGAACAAGUCGAGACUGGCUUAUUGCUUCAUUCUUUGCGUUUGAUUGGCAAUUCUUGCGCCGAUACAGAUGAGAACAGAGAGAUUGUAGUCAAGGAUAACUAUACGCUGGCUAUUAUCCGACACUUCUUGAAUCCGGAUAUUAUACAUGUGGCCAUCCCGGUGAUCUACAACAUCUGCAUGGACUAUGAACCUGCUCAUUCUCAAAUGGCCGCAAAUCGGGCUGCGUAUAUUAUCUUGAGCUUGCUCAAAGAUGGCACGAUCCCAGAGAAUGAUGCUCUGCUGGGCUUUGCGUAUGAUUUGAUCGAACUCUCCUCUGAACAAGCCGCAGGGGUUGAAAACUCUCCGGAUGGCAUCAUUUGGCUCAUUCUGGAGCUUGCUUUGAACGAACACAUCGUCUUCGAGCAAUACUCAUCUCUGGUCAAUUCCCUGUCCGCAUAUCUGGACAAGGAACGGUUCCAGAACGCUUGCAUCGUAAACAGCAUGGUGGAAAAGACCUUGUCUGUUCUAGAACGGUCUUUCUCCAUUGAGAUCGAUACAUCCUCGAAAGAGGACGUGCAAAAUAUUGCCCAGCUCCGUCUGAAGAUCAACACGUCUCUGUCCGAAGUUUCCGCCUCGCCAUUGUUCGCAGAGUAUUACCCUCUUGACUCAGAGCUCUCAAAGACUCUCAAGUCUUGGGUCGUGGCCGAUGAGGACCAGCUCCAAAUUUGCGCAUGCGUCAUGCUAGGCAAUUUAGCCCGUUCCGACGAAGUUUGUCAGACAAUGGUGAACGAUCUCAAGAUCCACGAGGAAUUGAUCUCCGUAUUGAACAGUGAUGACGCCCGUGGUGCAGUCCUUCACUCUGUACUUGGAUUCUUGAAAAACCUCGCCAUCGCGGACGAAAAUCGUCUUACCCUCGCGCGGGCUGGGAUCAUUCCUGCUGUAUCACGUCUGUGGGCCUAUGACUCUGUUCCGCAGGUCCAGUUCUCUGCUUCCACCAUUGCCCGCCAAGUGAUUAUCUCGUCCGUGGAGAAUAUUGCGCGCCUACUGGCUUCCCUCUCUGAAGACCCUGACUCCCCGGCUCAUCAACGAACCUACCUUUCCUUGCUCCUUGCACUUUUCGAAAAGACGGACUCAGCACCUAUCAAGACGGAGAUUGGUCGCACUGUUGCCUCUAUCUGUCGCACUGUCAGUCCCAAGGCGCGAGACGGAGAUGCGGAAGCAUCUUCGCUGCUGGAAAAGCUUUUCAAAUUGCACGAGGGUGUUGCUAAUCCAGUUGGGUCUAUGAUUACACAAACGCAGUGGCCAGUCGUUCGAAGCGAAGGGUGGUUUGCGUUAGCACUCAUGGCAACUACCGAGUCGGGUUGUGUAGCAGUAGUGGACUGUCUCGAUAACGAAGAAGUAAUGGAGGUUUUGAAGACGACUAUGGCUGGCAAGCCCCCAAGCUCAGAGGAGGGCACAGAGACGAACCAGACUCAAGUACAGAAGGACUAUGGUAAUGCACUUGUUCUACUGCAGGCACUUUUGAAGAAUGAGUCUGGUGUACUUCCAAUCGGCUAUAGGGAAACCAUGGAAGAUCUAGUGAAAAACCACGCUACACGCCUUUUGGAUGGCAGCCAGAGCCAGGACACUUCAUGA